GGAGAGCCAACCUCAUCCCCCUCCAAAAAAGCGACAAAACCUCGAUUUUCUCUCCCUCUCCCGCCUUCAGUCAAAUUCAUUCUAGCCAUCUCGAAUCGACGCGUGUCUUUCGCUAUGAACCCUCACCAGAAGAACAAGAUCGACGUCAAGUCGCUCUCCCCCGAGGAGCAGCGUCUCUUCCGUCUGUACGGCAAGCUGCCCUCCCGCUCCGACCACUUCGCCAAGCAUCUCAAGGACCGAAAGUACUUUGACUCGGGCGACUACGCCAUGUCCAAGGCCGGCAAGGGCGACGGUGUCGAUGCCGGCGCCGUCGGCUCUCAGCACCCCGUCCCCGAGAACAUCCCCCACCUCUCGUCCCCCGUGAACGGCUCGGGUAACGUCCCCAAGCACGCCCACCACGGCUCUAUCCCCGGCAUCCAGGCCGGCAGCCCCAUCAAGGAGAGCAGCUUCCUCAAGAGCGAGACCAGUGCUGAGGAGGGUCAGGCUGACGGUGCCGAGGCCGAAGCCGACAAGGACAAGAACGCCGAUGCUGCCGUUCCCGAGCCUGUUGCCGCCAGCGGCGAGGCCAUCCCCAUCCGACGAUAGACAGUUGUACGUGGCAAAACAAUGACAAGAGAAAAAGACAAAAAUUGCGCGUGGAAGUAAGAUCAAGGGGAAAGGUUUCUUUUUAUCAUGUGCGAAAUAUGGCGAGUGGAUUGACUCUUGUACGAAGGAAGCCUGGUGGGCUUGCGUGGACUGCGAAUUUCGGUAUUCAUGACUUACGAGGAUCGCACAGUUGGCGUUUGGGAAUUGGCAAACAAUCUGGUUCGCACGCACACAAGAGGGAGCUUGUUUCGAUCCUGAACGGGGAUCUCCUUUCAGAUGGGUUGCUUUUUCUGAGCGGGGAGGGACUUUUCGGCGAUACAUGUCCUGUCCUGUCGUCUCUCCCGCGUCGAAAUCAUCAUGUUCAUUUGGUCGUUUAGCUAUCCGCUUCAUUUGCUGAAGCACCCUUUCUAUCUCGUUUCUUUCCUUUUUGUAUUUCCCCAGACUCCAGGUACCGGUCCAUGGUUCUCAUUUUUUAUAAAAAGAAGAUGCCCCAAAA